GUCACAAUGCUGCGUGCUCUCUGGAUUUUUCAACUUUUACUUUUUGCCCUGAUAAAUGAGUUGGAAUCGUCCCAGACGCAUUACCAUCGCUAUAUGCUGGCCAACUAUAGAGCGCAGCACAGUCCAAAGACCCAGAUGGACUACAGACGACGUCGGACAUCGGAAGUCCAGGAAGAGCAGAUGGGAAGAGGAAGAGCAGUCCAGGAAGAGCAGGAUGAACGUAAGGCACGCUAUGGCACCUCCAAGGAACCCGUGGUAAUGCUAACCAAAUCUCUGAGGAAAGUGCCGCUGCAUGAGUUGAUGGUUCGCAUCUAUCAAAAAAACAAGUAUGCCUGCAUGGGAACGGUGAUUUCUGAGAAGCUGGUGGUCACGGCAGACACCUGCUUUGAAUCUGCGGCCAACGAUGUGGUGACCAUGAAGAUGUUCGACAAUUCAGUGCUUGAUGGGCACCGAAUCCCAAUCAACAGCACCUAUCUAAAGGGUGCGGAUCCCUUGCUGACCACCAUCGAACUUACCAGUCCCCCGAAAAAUUCCAAACUAUUUGGUGACACUGUGAAGCUUUGCAGCGCCGAGCUGGAAAAUUACGAAUCCGUUGAGCUGCCACUUUGGAUAAGAAGUCGCCACAGCAUUCACUCGCAAAUAUCCUAUGUCCUGCCGAUCCAGGAGUGCCGGCACCGCAUGAAGGAUCCCAACGCCCAUGUGACCAUCAGCACCAUGAUCUGCGCCAAGAACAUGAAGUAUACGUCCCAUUGCCAGCUGGCCAUCGGGAAUCCCCUGAUCCACGCCGAAAUGAUCUGUGGAAUCAACGUGGCCGGCCACAACUGCCCCACUUUCACGGGUGUCGAUCUGUACAUUAGAAUCUACGAUGCCCUGGAUUUCUCCAUACGAGGCAUGGAAAUCAUUAAAAACUCCCGCAUAGAAGAUACAAUACUUUAGUGGAUUAUAAACACCCUGUUUCGCUGCAAAAUAAAUAAUAAUAAAUUGGCUGGCUCCUCUUGAAUAAUGAAUUUCAAGCUUAAGAA